CAUGACGUCUACCUUACAAGUCAUCACCUUGCUAAGUUGCUGACUGUUCGCGCGUACGAGGGAACGAUUGAUUUCCUUCUGUUGGCAAUCCAUCUGUGACUAGUUUUUGCGACGACUUCGAUUUCGCAUUUUCUCAGAGCUCCAUCCCAUCGUCUUAGAGCAAUGGCGACCUCACCUUCUCGCAAGGCCAUACAAACCCUCUACGCCUCUACUCUGCGGACAGCGGAAUCGUUCAGUUCGUACAACUUCCGCCACUAUUUUGUUUUGAGAACGAAGGACACAUUCAAUGGGAUGCAAGCGGAACAAGAUCCCAUUAAGCUUUCACAAGCAUAUGAUAAGGCUGUGAAGGAGCUUGCAUUAGUCAAUCAGUUGUAUGGCGGCUUGCGGCUGGCAGUUGAAGAACAGGGCGACGUGCGUACCCGAGGGGAUACGUGAACGAAGAUAUCAGGCACUGUGGAUGAUGAAAGCAUAUUAGAUACUAGAGAUUUGCCGCCUCAGCCUUAGAAUGGCGUUCGCCUGGGUAUGGACAUGGAGGGUUUGUGUCAAUUCACGGUGUAUUGUACCAUGAUCUGCGGAAUGCAUAUAGUAUCAUGAAGGU